AAGUCAUUGUAAGGCUUGAAAGAUUUAUAAUUUUUUAUGUUUCACCGGAAAGAUAAUCUUAAAACGAAACAGUGAAAUACGCAUGCGCCAUAACUUGGUUACCAAACUGAGGAACUCGUAUUUUGCCUCCUUUGUAAACAAAAACUCAAUUUUAUCAAAUCGUUUUAACAAAAAUGGCUGAAGUCACCGAAGAAAAGAAGGCCGAUGCAGAUUUGAAGAGAGUUCAUACCUAUCCUUUGAUUAGAGUAAGUAUUUUAACGCCUGAAUAUUUAUAAGUAGUGAGUUGUUUGAGCGAAUUAAAAAAAAAAAAAUUGCCGAGUCCGAGUGAGUGAGACGCCACCCAACUAUUCUAUUAGUAAAUUAUUAGUAACUAACCAACAGUCUGAGUCUUAGAAAGUUUUUUUUAAAAAUCCAUAAUUAAUAAUUUAAGACAGCGUUGGUAUUGAAUCAGCACCAUAGUGACAUGAAUCUAAUUACCCCAAAUCAUAAUUAAAUAGUAUAUCUUUGAAAGUUACUUUUCAAACAUAUUAAUAUUUGUGAGACUCUCGCCAGUCAAAAAAAAAAAAGAAAGGCUGCCAUCUCCCGCAACUAGUAGAGUAUGAGGCUUUGUAGGUAAAACUCCGAUAUAGCGUCGGUAAUUACAUACUUAUAUAGACGUCAUUUUCUACCUGACCAGAAAUACUUAAGCUUGGCUGGAACGUAAUGCGACCGAAAUUGGUGGAAUAAACGAAAAUGGAAAACCUAUAAUUGUGGAGAUAGAUAUGAAACGAAAUUUUUCCACUCGAAAUAUCAAUGUGGUCAGUGGCGGGAUGGCCACUGGGUCUUCGGUGGGGUCGAGUGUGUAAGUGGCAAUAGCUUCUUGUUGGAAGUGCCAGACAGGCACGCAGACACGCUACAAGCCUGUAUAGAAGCUCACAUCUUGCCAGGGACACAACAUCGUUUCCGAUGGCUGGGCUGCAUACGCACACAUAGAUCAAAUCGGACAUGGAAUGUAAGAGCAUUCUGUUGUUGUUCACGAACGUAAUUUCGUGGAUCCUGAUGACAGCGAAGUGCAUACACAGAACAUUUAAACAUGUGGAUGAGAGCCAAGCGGAAGUUGAGAGGACAAUUUGGAACUAGUGGUGCAUUGUUUCCAUCAUAUCUGCCAGAAUGUGCCUAUCCUAACCAGUUUCGGUGCACAGACAUGUUUCCGAAAUUCCUGAUUACGCUUGUCGAUAAUUAUCCAUGAUUAGACAGUCUGUUUUGGUUCAGAGUAGAAUGGUGCUUUAAAUAAAUUGAAAAUGUGUUAACUACAACUUUGUUGGGUGUAUUUUCAUGUUAUUAAAGCUGUUUUGGGUCUAUUUUAAUGUUAUUAAUUACCGACGCUAUAUUGAAGUUUUACCGCUUUAUCUGCACAAAAUGCUAUUCCAUUGCCCUAGCAAUACUCUUCAGUCCUAGUAUAGUCUCCAAGAGGCCAGAUAGUGGUGUUUUAAACAUUGAUAGGGGUAGGGGGGUGUUCAAUGCAACUGCUGUCUGGCAUAAAUUUCAGACUCUUUCUCAGUCUAGGGUAAAUUUUUCUCCUUGCUUGCUAGUCACAGUUUUUUUAAUCAUGCAAGAACACUUACACACAGUCCAAUUCUCCACAAUGUCUAUGACUACUAGAAACCCUAACAAAAUAUCAACUCUUACAUCUAUACUUUUAGAAACUCUCUGAUUAUUUAAACCACUAGAACUCAGUGAAAUCAAUUGUUCAAUGACAAAUAUCCUUGUGGUCACAACAUAUAAAAUUCUCACACAUUAAUUGACAUUCACACUUCAAGCAACCACUUCUAGCCCUGGAAAUGCUACCCACACCCAAUUGAUGAACAAACAAAUAUUUCAAGCACAAAGCAAAACAUUCUCACAAAAUCAAUCAUAAAAAAAAAUUAUAACAAGGGGCACAUUUUUGGGUUUUGAUCCCGGGCAGCAUUUGGUAAAAUUCUGAAAAUACCACACCUAGUUGGUUGGUUGCUGGCUUAAACAGUUGAGGUUUUCCUAAUCCACUAAGGUUUUUACUCCUCCCAUACUGACUUAGACUUGCUUUCAGUCUGAAUCCAUGCCACACAUUGAGGAUGGAUGCAAAAGAACUUGCGGCCAUAAAGUUAUGAGGUCUUAUGCUACAAGAAAAGCCAGGCACAAUUUGGGCUGUUGAAAAUGAAAAUAAGAAAAUAUUUUUUAUGGAAAUGCUCAAUGUUGAUUUUCUUGCCAGAUAAUAUUAGUAAUGUUUUUUUAAAUUUUUAUUUAUGAUGUAAACAGCAGGAAUAGACUAUCUUUUUACUACAGCAUGUAAAAGAAGUUUUCUUUAAGAAUGAUCUUUUUUUUUCUUUUGAAAACAUCACAACUUUUCUGUGUAUGCAUCUUUUUUUUUACUGUUAACACUUAUUUUACCAUAGCACUCAGACAUGAAUGAUGAAAUGAAAACAGAAGCCAUGGAGUUGUGUGUUACAGCUUGUGAGAAGUUUGCUUCUAAUAAUGAGGUUAAAUAUUUUAUAUUUUGUAGUCAUUUAAUUAAAAUAUUUCCGUUCCUGUAGAAUUUCAUAGAUCUUAAAAGUAAUGUUUAGGAUGUUACUAAAAAAAAAUUUUGUACCGUGGAUAACAACAUUUUCACCAGUCAUGCUCAGUCUUAAUUAGUCUAAUGUUCUUUGUGUUCAGCAUUUUAAAAAAUACCUUUAGAGUUGUUCAAAUUUUGAAUCAUUAUUUAGCACUUAACAUAAUAUAUGGAUCCAAACUAGAAGUUAUCAAAUGAUACAGAUGUACAUUAUAAAUUUAAAGUCCCAAAUGUUUUAAAUUCUUAUUAUUGCUUUAUUUUUAACUGUUUUCAUUUUUUGGUAGUGUAUUUUUUUUUUAUAAAUCUGCAGGGAAAGUAGAGUUCUUAUUCCUUUGUAUGACAAUGCUAAUAUGUGGUAUUUGAAUCUUGUUAUUCACUAACAGAAUGCUGCCAAAAUGAUUAAAGACACAAUGGACAAGAAAUUUGGGGCAUCUUGGCAUGCAGUUGUUGGGGAAGGCUAUGGUUUUGAAAUCACACAUGAAGUGAAAAAUCUUCUGUACAUGUUUUUUGGUGGCAACAUGGCAAUCAUUCUUUGGAAGUGUUCUUGAUUCCCAAUUUUUUUUUCUACCCUAAGUUAAUGUCUGUGCUUUUAUCUAUUUGACGCCACCAUCACUAUGUUAAGAGGAAACAGCCAUGUCUUAAAAUAGGAAAUAAAACUGAGCAAGGUGAAUAAAAAUAUCUUAUGCUGGUACCAUGUUAUUUUUAAUGAAAUUUAAAAAUUGACAAUUUUAUUUCCUCAUGAUCCAGGUAACCUCAAAAAUUAGAUUUUAUAUAUUCAUUGGAUAUCUGUAAAUAUUUCUCUGGUCUGAUGAGUGUAUCUUGUGAGUUGAUUUUGUUAAAGUUGUUAGUGCAUGUUAUUGUCUGCUGGUAUAUUGUCAUUAUUGGAAAGUUUAAGGAAUUUUUACAUGAACAGAAUUUUAUCAUCUUAGAUUCAAGUAACUUAACAUGUGAGAUGUUAUCUUAAAUGAUAGCAUUGAAAUUUCACUAUUAUUAAUAUUUGAGUUUUCUCACUAAAUCUUUGUUAUACUGCUGGUAUCUGUUUAGAAACAUUUAACUCUUGCUGAUUAGGAUGAUUUGAAUUGUCUAUUUAUAAUUAUAUUUUCUCAAUUUACCUUUCAAAACAUUCCGUCCUGGAAUUUUAAAGUAUUUUUAAAAAAUGACGUCAUGGUGUCCCAUGUUGGUCACACUUAAGAUAUAAAUAAUCAUUUGAUAUGAGUUUUUUUCUUCAAUUUUUUUAUCAAUAAAUUUCAAUGAUUUGCCCUAAUAAAUACAUUUUAUCAUACUAC